AUGCAAUUAAUUUAUGAUACCAUUAUUACUUUAAAUGUAGCGAUUCAACCUGGAAAUGUCAAAAUAACCAUAAAUCCAAAAUUAAAUAGUGGAGCAAAAUUUACUUGA